AUGUCGGCGGCAUUCUCGGACUUCGGCCCGCUCACGGAGCGGCGCCGCGUCGAGAAGCAGCGGCAGCAGCGCAGGCGCGUCAUGUUCGCCGCCGCCGGCGCGUCGGUGGUUCUCAUCCUCAUUGUCAUGGGCGGCGCUGCCGUCGCGUACAACGCUAGCGUCCAGGACGAGGAGUCGGAUGACUCGUCGUCCUCCUCUUCCUCCUCGCCCUCUUCCCCUUCCGGCGGCGGCGGCUCGGGGUCGAGCCUGAUCAGCGUGUCCAAGAGCGUCAAGGUGGUGUGUGCUCAGACCGACCACAGGGACGCCUGCGAGAAGAGCCUGUCCAAGGCCGCGAACGCCAGCGCGUCGUCGCCCAAGGACAUCGUCCGCGCCUCCGUGGCCGUGAUCGGGGACGCCGUCGGGAAGGCGUUCGACCGGUCGGCGCUGGCCACCAGCGACAACCCGCGCGUGAAGGCCGCCGUCGCGGACUGCAAGGAGAUCUACCAGGACGCCAAGGCCGACCUCGCGCGCACGCUCCGCGGCAUCGACGCCGGCGGCAUGGACGAGGUCACCAAGCGCGGGUACGAGCUCCGCGUCUGGCUCAGCGCGGUGAUCGCGCACAUGGAGACGUGCAUCGACGGGUUCCCCGACGGGGACCUGAAGAAGAACAUGACCGCCACGAUGGAGUCCGGGAAGGAGCUGACCAGCAACGCGCUGGCCAUCAUCGAGAAGGCCUCGUCGUUCCUCGCCGCGCUCCACAUCACGGCGGCCAGCCACAGGAGGUUGUUCAGCAUCCGCGAAGGUGCCGCGCCCGACAGUUACCGGAGGAGGCUGCUCGGCGUCGAGGAAGACACCCCACCGUGGGUGAACGGCCCGGAGAGGAGGCUGCUCAAAGGCAACAACUUCCAGAGCAGGCUGACGCCCAACGUGGUGGUGGCCAAGGACGGCAGCGGCAAGUUCAAGACCAUCAACGAGGCGCUCAACGCCAUGCCCGCCAAGUACACCGGAAGGUACCUGAUCUACGUGAAGCAGGGGGUGUACGAGGAGUACGUGACGAUCACCAGGGCCAUGGAGAACGUGACCAUGUACGGCGACGGCGCCAUGAAGACCAUCAUCACCGGCAGCAGGAACUUCGCCGACGGCCUCACCACCUACAAAACCUCCACCUUCAACGCGCAGGGCGACGGCUUCAUCGGCAUCGCGCUGGGGUUCCGCAACACGGCCGGCGCGGCGAAGCACCAGGCGGUGGCGCUGCUGGUGCAGUCGGACAGGUCCAUCUUCCUCAACUGCCGCAUGGACGCGUACCAGGACACGCUGUACGCGCACUCCAAGGCGCAGUUCUACCGCAACUGCGUCAUCUCGGGCACCAUCGACUUCGUGUUCGGCGACGCGGCCGCCGUGUUCCAGAACUGCAUCCUGGUCCUCCGCCGCCCCAUGGACAACCAGCAGAACAUCGCCACGGCGCAGGGCCGCGCCGACGGCCGCGAGAGCACGGGCUUCGUGUUCCAGUACUGCCGCUUCACCGCCGAGGCGGCGCUCAGGGACGCGUCCCGCCCCGCCAUCCGCAGCUACCUCGCCCGCCCCUGGCGCGAGUUCUCGCGCACGCUCAUCAUGGAGUCCGAGAUCCCCGCGUUCAUCGACAAGGCCGGCUACCUGCCGUGGAACGGCGACUUCGGGCUCAAGACGCUGUGGUACGCCGAGUACGCGAACCGGGGGCCCGGCGCCGACACCGCUGGCCGCGUCACCUGGCCAGGGUACAAGAAGGUGAUCAGCAAGGACGAGGCCGCCAAGUUCACCGUGCAGAGCUUCUUGCACGCCGAACCGUGGCUCAAGCCCGCCGGCGCGCCGGUGAAGUACGGCUUCUGGGCGUGAGGACGUGCUCGUGGCGCGCAUGCAUCUGAUUCUGAGGAACCUAGAGGACGCGAUCGACAGCGACGUAUGGAAGCGGAGGUCGGUUACCAAAUGUGGCGCUGUUCAGUUGUUGGGAGCAUGCUGAUCCAUGA